AUGCCUCCGCCUUCACAGCUCGCCAUCGCGACAAGCUCUGUCAACCGACUCCUCAAGGAGGAAGCCUCAUACCACAAGGAGCUCGAGCAGGAGGAAGCCAAGGUCCAGGUUCUGAAGGAGAAGAUUGACAGCGGUGCCGGCGACGACGACGGUAAUGCUUCAUUUAUGCUUAAGCAGCAGCAAACCGCCCUCGAACAGACAAAGGCUGUUUUCGGACCCCUGCGAGAAAAGAUUGCCGUCGCUAUUGAGAGGCUUGAGGAGCAGCUCGCUGUAAGCGAUCAGCUCAAUGUGCCUGAGGAGCAGGUGCAGCAGGCAAAGGAGACGCUGGCAAAGGCCAAAGCCAUCCAGACCGAUGCGUAA